AUGGCAUCAAACGGCAAAGUGGAAAAAGUCUCCAAGUACGAAACAUUGAGACUUCUGGAAAAAUGCAAGAAAGAAAGAGACGAUGCGAUACACAGGGAAAGCAUGAUGAGAGAAAAGCUGAGACAGUACGAUUCAAGAAUGAGGUCAACAGAGACGCUGAAACAGAAAUUGAAGACAUUGACUCUGGACAAUAAAGACUUGCGGAAACAGGUCAAAACUCUUCGAGCUGAAAUAGGCUUGGAAUCUAGCCCAAAAUUUCAGGGCAAAACCACACGGGAUAUAAUAAAUGACUUACAUGAGAAGGAGCGCGAAUGCAAUUCUUUAGUUGAAAAAGCAGGCAAAUUAUGCCUGACAAUAGAUGAGCUUACAUCAGAGUUGGCAAACACCGUGACCUCGAAAACGCUGUUGGAGGAUCAGGUACAAUCAUUACAACAAAACUUAAAAGACAUGACCAAUAAUCAGCGACGUUUGCUAAAACUAUGGGAGGACAAGAAGGCUCACCGUGAGCAGCUUACUCUACCCGCAAUUCCUCAAAGACCUGGACAAAAAACAGGAAUACACAAAGCAGUUCAAACUGAAAUGUCUAUUAAUUCUACACAAAAACUACCCACCAGUGCUUUUGAAACUAAGACGUUCCGAAGAGAGACGGAGAGGAUUGUCAAAGGACUUGAUAAACGCAGUAUAACCUCGCUUGCAAAUGGAACUCAUCUACGGGAAAAGGCCGCAUUAAUUCAACAUGAUGCACAGUAA